AUAAUCAUGGUGUGCUAGAAGAUCAAGACUACUAUAUCCACUUUAAGAGAAAGGGCAACUGCUGGAAGGACUAGCCACCUUGAAAACAAGGCUCUGGCCAGUUUUGCCCUUCUCCCCGAUUUCCUCUGUCUUUAUACUGUUGGAUUCUAUUCCUAAAGCUAAGCACCAAGCUAUAUUUCCUUAUUUGGCCACUUCCUCCUCCCAAGGCUGACUACCAAGGUCCAGCUAUCAAAGUAUUGAAAUGCAGCAAACAAAAGUCUCCUUUGUUUCACCUAAUUAACCUGUCAAAUCAAAAUUAAAUACCUCUUCCUAACAAGUGUUUCCCCCUCUUACAUUUAUAAAGCCAUAAAGUAUCAUUUGCCUAUGGGCAAAUGCCUGUCUCCUUUCUAUCCAGAGGCAGUUCUUUGUCCCCUCUGGGACAAAUAUUCCUUCCCCCUCUCCCUUGUUCUCUUCCCCUUCUCCCUGGUCCUCUAUCUCCUGUCUGUCCCUUACUGCUUGGCCUUUGUCCCUUUGGGGCAAAUAAGCCUCCUUUGUGCUGAGAACUUAGUCUUGAGGAUUCUGAGCCAGCACUGAUCUCUUACAGCUGAGACUAAAUCUAACAAUUGACAAACUUGUCCUCAGGCUCUGAAAGUAUGAAAACAGGUGUAACCACACAAACUAAACACACGAUCCUCGGGGGGCAAAGGAGACAUUAGAAUGGGGUGGCAGGGAUGGUCUACGAUGACUCGUUCUGCAGGGGUAGCAGUCAUAGGUUGAAGGCACGGUCUUCUAUCACAGCCUAUGAAACUGUGGAAGAGGAAGGAAAAUGGUCAGGGGGAAGGAAGCUGGAGUAGAAGCACGCUGAGAAAGGAGCCAAGAAAGGUUAGGGCCAGGUGUCUGAGACCUAUUCACAGUGAAAUAAUGACCUAGAGUAGAAAAGGUGCCAGGCUGCUUGUGCGGGGCUCAGAACAGGGCAUGAUGGACCCAGGGCGGGUCAUGAAAUGGUAACUGAGUUCCGCAGGGGAAGUGAGGGGUAGGGUCUGGCAUUGUGGCAGAGUGGCAGAACUCAGGUUCUGCUUAGAAAAUUACUCCUCCAAGACCGGAGAAGAGGUUUAAGUACUGGUAUUAAGAUACUGAGAUUAAAAUUAGCUAGGGUUGGUAACAUAGCCUAGUUGAUAGAGAACUUGUCUUUCCGGCUCGAUUUCCAGAAUCAUUAAAAAAAAAAAACUUAACCAAACAAUCAAAAGCGGACAUAUAUAAUCAAGUUAAAAACCAGGGGCAGCCUGCUGAGGCCAAAUCUGGUCUGUUCGCUCGGCCGAAGCGUCGCGCGCAGACACGGAACCCUUAUGGGGUGGGAGACGUGUCACCCACUUCCGGCGAAGUGAGGAUAAGAAAGGACUACUUCCGGUAGUGGGCGGGCACUAAGUGAGUCUCUUCCGGUACUGUAGCUGAAGAACACUCGGUGCUUUCGGUAAAUGACUGGCGUGUAACCGGGACAGAGGCUUUUCUAGCACCUGGUUCUGGUCUCUCAGUUUCCGCUGCACGGUGCAACGAGAUACCUGCACUUAUUGCUGUAGCCUCUCUUCUGCCUUCCAAGGUCUUAGAACUCAAUCCAGACCCAUCCAGCUUCUUUACCCUUUCCUCUGGGUUGUUUGUUCCUCUUGGAAGCCCUGCAAUUCUCGGAGGCACGGGGCUGCGAAGUCAGGAGCCACUCCCCACCCCUCCCGACCCAGCCCCCGGGAGUCGACCUAGCGAGGGUCUAGUAGCCCCCUGGAUCUCACUGAUGGAGGAUUAAUCAAAUAGAAUCUGGAGACGUCAGAUAUGGUGCUGACGAACCUCAGGUUAGCUCUGGAGCCCAUGAAUUUGAACCCUCCUGUGACAAUGAUUGACUGAUGGACCAUCUCAGGCCGAAGGUUCGAGAGGACUGAACCUGAACUAUUAGGACACCAUGACUGACCAGGCCAGCACACUUCACUGACAUCCUCCUACCCCUGAUUACCUGUGCAGCCAUGGAAAAGAUGUCCCGAGUUACCACAGCCCUGAGUGGCAGUGCACUGACAGGCCGAACCAUGCACUGCCACCUGGAUGCACCAGCUAAUGCCAUCAGUGUGUGCCGAGAUGCAGCCCAGGUUGUUGUGGCUGGCCGAAGCAUCUUCAAGAUUUAUGCCAUUGAAGAGGAGCAGUUUGUAGAGAAGCUGAAUUUACGUGUGGGCCGGAAACCCUCACUCAACCUGAGCUGUGCUGAUGUGGUCUGGCACCAGAUGGAUGAGAAUCUGCUGGCCACAGCAGCCACCAAUGGUGUGGUGGUUACUUGGAACCUAGGCCGGCCAUCCCGCAACAAACAGGAUCAGCUGUUCACAGAACACAAGCGCACAGUGAACAAAGUCUGUUUCCAUCCCACUGAGGCCCAUGUGCUGCUCAGUGGCUCUCAAGAUGGCUUUAUGAAGUGCUUUGAUCUCCGAAGGAAGGACUCUGUCAGCACCUUCUCUGGCCAGUCUGAGAGCGUGCGGGACGUGCAGUUCAGUAUUCGUGACUACUUUACCUUUGCUUCCACCUUUGAGAACGGCAAUGUGCAGCUCUGGGACAUCCGCCGUCCCGACCGGUGUGAAAGGAUGUUCACAGCCCACAAUGGGCCUGUCUUCUGCUGUGACUGGCACCCAGAGGACAGGGGCUGGUUGGCCACGGGUGGACGAGACAAGAUGGUUAAGGUCUGGGACAUGACCACACAUCGUGCCAAGGAGAUACACUGUGUGCAGACCAUCGCUUCAGUGGCCCGAGUCAAAUGGCGUCCUGAGUGCCGCCACCACCUGGCCACGUGCUCCAUGAUGGUGGACCAUAACAUCUAUGUAUGGGAUGUACGCCGGCCCUUUGUGCCAGCUGCUAUGUUCGAAGAGCACCGUGAUGUCACGACAGGCAUUGCCUGGCGCCAUCCACAUGACCCCUCUUUCCUCCUCUCCGGCUCCAAGGACAGCACAUUAUGCCAGCACCUGUUUCGGGAUGCCAGUCAGCCUGUUGAGCGUGCCAACCCUGAGGGUCUCUGUUACGGACUCUUUGGGGACCUGGCCUUUGCUGUCAAAGAAAGCCUGGUGGCCGCUGAAUCUGGACGUAAACCCUAUGCUGGUGAUCGGCGUCACCCCAUCUUCUUCAAGCGCAAGUUGGACCCUGCAGAACCUUUUUCUGGCCUUGCUUCCAGUGCACUCAGCGUCUUUGAGACUGAGUCUGGUGGUGGCAGCAUGAGCUGGUUCGUGGAUACAGCUGAACGCUAUGCUCUGGCUGGUCGGCCACUAGCCGAGCUCUGUGAUCACAAUGCAAAAGUGGCUCGGGAGCUCGGCCGCAACCAGGUGGCCCAGACAUGGACCAUGUUACGGAUUAUCUACUGCAGCCCUGGCUUGGUGUCCUCUGCCAAUCUCAACCACAGCGUCGGCAAAGGCAGCUCCUGCAGCCUACCCCUCAUGAACAGCUUCAAUCUGAAGGAUAUGGGCCCAGGGCUGGGCAGCGAGACGCGGCUGGAUCGCAGCAAAGGGGACACACGGAGCGACACGGUUCUGCUCGACUCUUCAGCCACACUCAUCACCAAUGAGGAUAACGAGGAGACUGAGGGGAGUGACGUACCCGCUGACUACCUGCUGGGUGACGUAGAAGGAGAGGAGGAUGAGCUAUACCCACUGGACACAGAGCAUGUGCACCCGGAGGAGCCUGAGUAUGUGCUGCCGCAGGAGGCAUUCCCACUGCGUCACGAGAUUGUGGACACACCUUCGGGCCCCGAGCACCUGCAGGACAAGGCCGACUCUCCACAUGUGAGCGGCAACGAGGCAGACACAGCUUCAUUAGCCCCGGUGGAUUCCUCCUCCUCCCUCCUGUCCGUCUCCCACGCGCUCUAUGACAGCCGCCUGCCACCGGACUUCUUCAGUGUUUUGGUCCGGGACAUGUUGCACUUCUACGCUGAGCAGGGCGACGUGCAGAUGGCUGUGUCUGUUCUCAUCGUGCUGGGUGAGAGAGUACGAAAGGACAUCGACGAGCAGACUCAGGAGCACUGGUACACAUCCUACAUCGAUCUGCUGCAGCGCUUCUGCCUUUGGAAUGUGUCCAAUGAGGUGGUGAAGCUGAGCACCAGCAGGGCCGUGAGCUGCCUCAACCAAGCCUCCACCACCCUGCAUGUCAACUGUAGUCACUGCAAACGGCCCAUGAGCAGCCGAGGCUGGGUCUGCGACAGGUGCGAUGGCAAGAAUGGGGGAAUUGGGAGGGGGCAGCCCAGAGCCCCGCAGCUGAACCGCCCGUCCAUUCCCAGGUGCCGCCGCUGUGCCAGCAUGUGUGCCGUCUGCCAUCAUGUGGUUAAAGGUCUGUUCGUAUGGUGUCAAGGUUGCAGUCAUGGUGGCCAUCUUCAGCACAUCAUGAAAUGGCUGGAAGGCAGCUCCCACUGCCCUGCAGGCUGCGGCCAUCUCUGUGAAUACUCCUGACCUGGCCUUCCCAAAAGCUAAUGCAGCUUCCUCAGCUUAAUCCCGAUGUCCACCGGACUAGGCUGACCGCUCACCAUCCGGUUUACCAGGAUGGAAGGUGGCUGCAACCUGUUAACCCAAUAAAAAUCAAGAACUGC